AUGUCACAAGAUACGAAAGUUCAUCCCUUAUAUUUGAUUAAUGGAACAGUAUUUAUUAUUAAUAAUAGUGGUAGCAUUAGAAGUAUGUCAGUGCUAGAAUUAGUUGCCAUAAAAAAAAUGAAAAAGAAAUUCUCAUCGUGGGAAAAAGUGUGUGAAUUACGUGAAUUUAAGGCAUUAAGAUCCUUACCAACCCACAUAAAUGUGAUUUCAUUAUUGGAGGCUUUUCUUAUAACACAAGCACGAGAAUUAUAUUUUGUAUUCGAGUAUAUGGAGGGAAAUCUUUAUCAAUUAAUUAAAGAUAGAAGAGGAAGAUUAUUGGAUGAGAGAGUUCUAAAGUCAAUAAUGUUUCAAGUGCUUGAAGGUCUUUAUCAUAUUCAUUCGAAUGGGAUUUUUCAUUGUGACAUGAAACCUGAAAACAUAUUAGUUUCAACAAGAAGGCGAAACCUUUCUGAAUCUAAAGAUAAUUCUAUGUGUUCUAAUAACGGCAGACCAUCUUUGGAAUUUAUCGAUGAUGAUGAUGUAGAAUUUAUAAUAAAGAUUGGUGAUUUUGGAUUGGCAAGGGAAACAAAAUCUAAACCGCCAUAUACAGAAUAUGUUAGCACACGUUGGUAUAGAGCUCCAGAAGUAUUGCUUCGUUCUAAUGUUUACUCUUCACCGAUAGAUAUAUGGGCAGUAGGUACUAUAAUUGCAGAGUUAUAUACGUUGAAACCACUGUUUCCAGGUCAAAGUGAAAUCGAUCAACUAUGUAAAAUUUCAGAGGUACUGGGUAGCCCUUGUUUUAGACCUGAAGUUACUGGACAAGUUAUAGAAAAUGAUGAGUUGGGAGGUGGAGAAUGGAAAGAAGCAUUAGAUGCGCUUAAACAUCCAUAUUUUGUAGAAAGUAACUUGAUAUUUGUGCCAGCCUUACCAUCUACCAUGGAAGAUCUUAAAACCAACAACACCUCUGUAACCACUAGUAGCAAUAACAAGGGCACAGAGAAAAAACGUAAAAAUGACAAUUUUUUGCCUUUUAGAAAAGGUGGCAAUUUAGUUGUAGGAGAGAAAAAAAGUACCAACAGGUACUCAUGGAGUAAAGAAGGUCAAAAUCAAGAUGUUAUCGAUGACAUUGUUAACCUAUCUAAUCUACCUCCUUUGGACAUUGAAGCCGCUAAUCAUUUAAGGCAUGAAGAAUUUAUUUUGCCAACAAUUAGGGCUAUAAGUCCAUUUGGACCAGAAGAACCAGGAAUAAGUAUCGAUAGCUAUUUUGAAGAUUUAUUGCAUGAAAAUGAAAUCAUAAUCGAUAAAAAUAGAAGCAAUGGUGGCGAAAAACAACAAAACAUUUUAAAUAAUGAAUUUGUUUCUUUGGAAAAAAACAAUAGUUCAUCUAGCCAUAAAAGAAAUCGGACUAGAAAUGAUUCACGCAUUGCUUCUUCAUCUGCAAUGCCGUCAUCGAGAGAUUUUAUGAAAGUUCAUAGAAGAUAUUCUUCGUUGUCAGCCACAACACGUGGUGACAUAUCAUCAUUGUCAUCGUCAUUUGAUUUCCAUGACCACCAUCGCCAUCAUUCAAAAAAGUCAUCUGUAGCCAGUAGCCAAGAUCAUACAAGAAAUGAUAGUGGCUUCUCUACCAACAGCAAUAAUAACAAUGAUGGUGAUGAAUCGCAACCUGUGACAGCUGUAGAGAAUGAUACGAUGACACCUUUACCUUAUAUUAAUAAGCAUUAUGGACAACAUUUAAAAACUUUCCAACAGAUGUAUCAACAAAGUGAAAAUACCAUUCAAGAAUCUUUGUUUGAAAAUAGUCUAAUAGAAGAAAAUCUCGGUACUCUGAAAUGUGAUGAUGAAUUAGCGAUCAAAGAAAAUUUUACUCAUGGAAUUAGUAAUAAUGGUAAUAGUUUCCUUUCUAAUUUGAAAGCAGCUACAGGAAUGAAAAAUAUAACGAAAAAACGAUCGUUUAUAUUUGAGGCAGCAACAAAAAACAAAUCAUUGUUUUCUUCCAAAGAAUCACCAAGUAAUGGUGAUGAAAAGAAGGAAAAAAGAGGACAUAGCUCUAAUGGAUUAUUUGCCGCUCUAGGAGCAAAAAUUUCAGGUAGUAAAAACCUGAUAUGA